CCGCCCGAGACUCCUGCAGCGGCGGCGGGCGAGCGGGGCAGCUAUGGCCCGGGCUCCGUUGUCCGGGAGCCGGAUGGACAGACAGCUGGACCGCCAUGUGCGUGAGCUCGUCCGGCGGGUUACCGGCCUGCAGGACGAGGCGGACGCCAACUUCCAGCUGGCCUUGGACUUUGUCUGGUCCAACUUCAGAUUUCAUCGGUUCUUGGAUGUCAACAGUCACAAAAUAGAAAAAACAAUAGAAGGGAUUUAUGAAAAAUUCACCAUUCAUUCUGAUCUCGGCAAAGCUGCUAGCUGGAAGAGAUUAACUACGGAGUUUCUAAAUUCGGCACUUCCCGGCGUAGAGAAAAUAAAGACAGAUGUGCAUUAUUCCAUCCUGUCACUCCUUCUGUGUCUGUCUGAUUCUCCUUCAAAUAGCAGCUAUGUGGAAACUCCAAGAAACAAAGAAGUGGAAAAGAAAGAUGAUUUUGACUGGGGGAAAUACUUGAUGGAAGGUGAAGAGAUUGGCCUUGGCCCAGAUGUCGAUACACCGAACUGGUCUGAAGACAGCGAGGACGAAGAUGCCCAGCAGCCGUUAAGCAGAGAAGACUCUGGGAUACAGGUAGACAGGACCCCAGUAGACGAGCCGGACCACAGCAGAAAAGGGGGGCCUCAAGUCUGCUGGGAAGAUGAGCCAGAUAGCCGGAGCUGGCUGGAGCAGCACGUGGUCCAUCAGUACUGGACAACCAGGCGCUCCCGGAUCCCACACAGUGUGCAUUUGCACUCCAACUUAGCUGCUGUCUGGGACCAACACCUGUACAGCAAUGAUCCAUUAUACGUUCCAGAUGACAAGGUGGUGGUUACUGAGACACAGGUUAUUCGGGAAACCUUAUGGUUACUUUCAGGGGUAAAAAAGCUGUUUAUAUUUCAGUUGGUAGAUGGAAAGGUGACUGUGAGAAACAAUAUUAUCGUAACUCAUUUGACACAUAGCUGUUUGCGAUCUGUGCUUGAACAAAUAGCAGCAUAUGGCCAGGUAGUGUUCCGGCUCCAGGAGUUCAUCGAUGAAGUCAUGGGCCACAGCUCUGAAACCCUGCCGCCCGGAAACGGUGCCACACCUAAGAAGCCGCCGGAGGCUCCCUUUAGAACCUACCAGGCUUUCAUGUGGGCCCUCUACAAGUAUUUCAUCAACUUCAAAGAGGAGCUCACAGAGAUCGAGAAGUGCAUCAUCAGUAGUGAUACCACGGUAACACUUGCGAUAGUGGUGAACAAGUUGGCACCUCGAUUGGCUCAGCUGAAGGUCCUGCACAAAGUGUUUAGUACUGGAGUAGCAGAAGUCCCGCCUGAUACUCGGAAUGUCGUCCGGGCAUCUCACCUGCUUAACACCCUGUACAAGGCCAUUCUUGAAUAUGACAAUGUUGGAGAAGCUUCUGAACAAACUGUCUCGCUCCUGUUCUCUCUCUGGGUGGAAACGGUGCGGCCCUACCUCCAGACUGUGGACGAAUGGAUCGUGCAUGGUCACCUGUGGGAUGGCGCCAGGGAGUUUAUCAUUCAGAGGAACAAAAACGUCCCGGUCAAUCACAGAGACUUCUGGUAUGCGACCUACACACUGUAUAGCGUCUCGGAAAAGACAGAGAGCGAAGAAAGGCUGAGUGACAACGCCAGUGCCAGUUCUGGCAGCGACCGGGGUCCGUGCGGAAGACAGCACACCAUGGUGUCCUUCCUCAAGCCUGUCCUGAAGCAGAUUAUAAUGGCCGGCAAGUCCAUGCAGCUGCUCAAGACCCUGCGCUGCGCCGACGGCCCCGCGUGGCAGGCGGCGGCCAGAGAUGCAGAAAGAAAAAGCUUAUAUACCCUCUUUCUGGAAUCUAUACAGUUGCGUCUUCAGCAUGGAGAAGAUUCUCCUCCACACAUUCUCACUGAGCAGCAGGCAAACAAAGAGAACCUCAUAAGGAUGCAGUCCAUUGCUGAAAGGCAUUUUGAGCUAGAUGACAUCCAUGACCCACUGCUGGCCAUCAACUUUGCAAGGUUGUAUUUGGAGCAGAGCGACUUUCACGAGAAGUUUGCUGGUGGCGACAUAUGCGUGGAUAGAUCAUCAGAAUCUGUGACAUGCCAGACUUUUGAAUUAACCCUGAGGUCUUGCCUCUACCCUCACAUUGAUAAACAAUAUCUACAUUGCUGUGGAAAUCUCAUGCAAACCUUAAAAAGAGAUUUCAGGUUGGUGGAGUACUUGCAGGCCAUGAGGAAUUUUUUCUUGAUGGAAGGUGGAGACACCAUGUAUGAUUUCUAUACUUCCAUUUUUGAUAAAAUAAGAGAAAAAGAAACCUGGCAGAAUGUGUCUUUUCUUAAUGUCCAACUCCAGGAAGCCGUAGGACAGCGCUAUCCUGAAGAUAGUUUACGUUUAUCUAUAUCUUUUGAAAAUGUUGACACCACUAAGAAGAAACUACCCGUUCAUAUCUUAGAUGGUCUUACCCUGAGCUACAAGGUCCCGUGGCCUGUGGACAUUGUUAUAAGUGUAGAAUGUCAAAAAAUUUAUAAUCAGGUGUUUCUUCUCCUAUUGCAAAUAAAGUGGGCCAAGUACAGCCUGGAUGUUCUACUGUUUGGUGAGCUGGCUAAUGCUGCCGAAAGACCCCAAGGAAAAGAAGACGCUCUUCGUGAACAGGACACACUCUCCCAGUUUGGACCGCCCAAAGAAUCGUUAAGACAGCAGAUUCAUCGCAUGUUUCUCUUGCGAGUGAAGCUCAUGCACUUUGUGAAUAGCUUACACAACUACAUCAUGACCAGGAUUCUUCACAGUACAGGGUUGGAGUUUCAGCAUCAAGUUGAAGAAGCCAAGGAUUUAGAUCAGUUGAUUAAAAUCCACUACAGAUACUUGUCAACCAUCCAUGACCGAUGUCUGCUGAGAGAAAAGGUCAGCUUCGUGAAGGAAGCCAUCAUGAAAGUGUUGAACUUGGCGCUCAUGUUUGCCGAAGGUUGGCAGGCAGGCCUGGGAGCGUGGCAGAUGGAAUCUAUAGAGAAGAUGGAAUCUGAUUUUAAAAACUGCCACAUGUUUCUCGUGACCAUUUUAAAUAAAGCUGUCUGUAGAGGAUCUUUUCCCCAUUUGGAAUCUCUAGCACUGUCGCUCAUGGCCGGCAUGGAGCAAAGUUAAAAUCUCUAAUGUAACAACUACCUUAGACUUCAUCAUCAUCCACGUACAUUUCCACCAUUUGAGGAAUAUAAACCUUUUUUUAAACCUAUCUAGACAAAUGGAUUGUAGGUAUUUUCUCUGGAAAUAGUUUACAAGUAUGUAGAAUUAUGUAUAUAAGGUUUUAUAUAUAUAUAUAUAUAUGUGUGUGUGUGUGUGUGUUAUAUAAAAUAUGAAAGUAGAUUACUGAUUUACAUGUGUUUUUCUUCUAAAGGAAUGACUUAUUUCUAUUUUAUGUGUAUGAGUAUUUUUGGCUGCUUGUACAUAUGUAUACCAUGUGCAUACUGGGUACCCAGAGGCAAUAAGAAACAGGGCAUCAGAUAAUCAUGUAAGUAUUAGAUUUGACUGUCCUUGAAGUAUUUAAGCUUUUAUGUACAUAGGAAAUUCCAAAAGGAAAAUAGCAACUAAUAUCAGUGUAUAAUCGCAACUUUACUAUGGCCAGCUGUUAUGUACUAAUGUUUGACAUUUAUUAACUAACCAUAUAUAUAUAUGUAUGUAUGUAUAUAUAUCUCAAAUAAAAUUAUAUGUAUCAUUCA